AUGGUUAGAUAUACAGAAGAAGAACUCUUGCAAUUGCAACCUGACGUCGAAGUUCCUGUGAACUUUGACAUUGAUUCUUUCAGGGCAAUUAUCGACAAAGUCAAGGAGAUUCAAGGCUUCCAGGAGGAAGAGUACCAACAUUUCCAUCGCAGAAGAUCAUCUCAUCACCAUGGUAAGCCAAAGAUUAAGCACUUGAAGCCUAAAAUCAAAACGGACUCUGAUGGUUGGUCCACAUUUGACAACAACGCUAGAAGAAAGUCGAGCGUUGCAGCUGGCAGUGCUGGAGCCCUCAACAGCAGUGAUGAAGAGGUCGCGGUGAAGGAACCUGCAAGUAUCGCUCAGGAAACAUUGAAAGUCAAGCCCAACAAAAAUAUCUCUUCGACAAAACCGGCAGACGCUCGUGACAUCGUUACCGACAAGGCCGUUAAUAACUUCAAUGCGUUUGCUGCUCUCGAAAGUGAUGAGGAAGAUGAUUGA